CGCAGCUAGAUCGAUGAUAUUUUCGCUUGUACUUUAACGCUAAAUCGUUGAAGAUAAAGACAGGAAGGAAAAACUCAACACGUGUGAUUGACAAUGAAUAACAGCAAAACCAGUGACGUCAUCAAUAUUGUGUAUACACUGUCAUUUGGCUUUGCUUAUUGUCAUCAGAAGAGUUUGAUCACGCUUUCCUAGUUGCCGGUAGAUUAUAAUCAGCAGCCACUUACUUGUGAAUUAAUUCUUGACAGUUUAUCAGAUCGGAGAACAUUUAAAUACUAUAAUUAACUUCGAGACGCAGCUCUUAUUACUAAGAUCAACACGCAAGUCCCAGUGGGAAGUUACUGUCCAUGUCUCAAACAAAGUCAUUUUUACAUCUGAAAUAAUAUCUCUGUUACUUUGGAUUCCUGACCUCCCUACACAUUCUAAGAAUUCUGGUAAUGUUCAAUUGUAUGGAAAACCCUUCGUGCUCUUUCAAUAUCUUGGUUGUCCUUUUCUGCUUUUCUUUGCUUUCCCCGGUGAUUGCCAAUGUAGAUUAUUAUGAAAUUUUGAAGGUUUCUCGAUCAGCUAGUCAGAAAGAGAUUCGGCAAGCAUUCAAGAAAUUGGCAGUCAGUGAACAUCCUGAUAAAAAGACUGAUGAUCCUAAUGCUCACGAAAAAUUUUUGAAAAUCACCAGAGCUUAUGAAGUGUUGAAAGAUGAUAAGCUACGGAAAAAGUUUGAUACAUAUGGUGAAGAUGGUUUGAAGGAAGAUUUCCAUGGUGGGCACCACUAUGAAAGCUGGUCCUUUUACCAAGAUGAAUUUGGUAUAUAUGAUGAUGAUCCAGAAAUUAUAACAUUAAGUCUUUCUGAUUUUGAACAAUCUGUCGAGGGCACUGAAGAUAUUUGGUUCAUCAAUUAUUACUCACCUCAUUGCUCUCACUGCCAUCAUUUGGCACCUGUGUGGCGUGAAGUUGCUCGACAACUUGAUGGCGUUUUACGAAUUGGUGCUGUGAAUUGUCAGGAUGACUGGAACUUAUGUCGUAUGCAAGGAAUUCGUUCCUAUCCAACCUUAAUGCUUUAUCCAGUGAGAGAAAGGUACAAGGGUGAACGAAGCACUGAAGCUCUUAUCAAGUAUGCCUUGGCAAAUGUUCAGGCAAAUGUUUUCACAUUGUAUCCUUCUAACUUCAAGUCUGAAACAACUGAAAGGAAUCUUCCAUGGCUCAUAAACUAUUGCAGUGGUGAUGGAGAUUGCUUGUCUUCCAAUACUGAACUGAAAGUAGCUACCAUGUUGGAAAGUUUGGUGAAUGUCGGAACAGUCAAUUGUGAUAGACAUAGUUCCUUAUGUUCAAAAAUGGGAGCCAGUGAUGGUGUAUAUUUUUACAAAUUGGGAGAAGUGGAGAAAGACAAAGGAAUGGCCAUUUCAAGUCUUGUAGCUCAAGAAGUUGCACAUGAAGUUUUAUUACAACUACCUGAUGUCACACUCUUGAAUGAAGAACAACUUCAGAAUAUCAGACAUGAAAAUGAAGAAAACACAGCAUGGGUUGUUCAUUUCUUUGAUAAAGAUGAAGUUAAUUUGGAAUUGAGAAAGAUUCCAAGCCUUCUUGAAGAUGAAAACAUUCAUGUUGGUCGUGUUGACUGUAGGAUUCUCCAGAAUGAAUGUCACCAGUUACAUAUUUUUAAAAUGCCAACUUUUGUCCUCUUCAAAUCAAGUGGUGGCCAUGAAAUAUAUUAUGGUCGUACAACUGCUCAUGAUGUAGCAGCUUUUGCUAAAGAGAGUGUGAAAGCUUCCUUAGAAGCACUUGGUCCCAACGAUUUUCCGCAUCGGGUAGUAGAUAGUCAAGAUCCAUGGUUUGUUGAUUUUUUUGCACCAUGGUGCCCUCCAUGUAUGCGGUUGCUGCCAGAAUUUAGAAAAGCAUCCAAAAGUUAUGGUAAAACAAUAUCUUUUGGUUCUGUUGACUGUACUGUACAUCAGGGCCUCUGCACUCAGUACAACAUUAGAUCUUAUCCAACCACUAUUUUUUACAAUAGAAGCACACCUCAUCAUUACCAUGGUCAACAUCGCGCACAAGAUAUGAUUGAUUUUAUUGAGGAUACUCUUCAUCCAUCUGUAGAACAACUGACUCCUGACAACUUUCAUUCCAAAGUUAACCAGCGUGGCCAAAAUGAAAUCUGGGUUGUUGAUUUCUUUGCUCCAUGGUGUGGCCCUUGUCAGCAGUUGGCUCCUGAAUGGCGUAAGCUCUCUAAGAUGUUCAAAUCCAAUAAAAAUGUACAUAUUGCUGAUAUUGAUUGCAAAAAACAUAGAUCUUUAUGUCAACAAGAAGGGGUACACUCUUAUCCCACGAUGCGCUUGUAUCCGUUAUCUGGAUCAUCAUUAUUCGAGUCGUACAAUGGCUGGAAUCGAGACGUGCAGUCAUUACAUGCGUGGGUCUAUGAAUUUCUUCCCAGUAAAGUUGUUACUCUUCGCUCAAGUAGUUUCCAUUCCAAAGUUAUUAAUUCCAAGCAACCUUGGAUUGUAGAUUUCUAUGCUUCUUGGUGUGGACAUUGUCAGAUAUUUAAACCUCAGUUUGAACAAGUUGCUGCUAAAUUAGAAGGCAUUGUUCAUGCUGGUAAAGUUGAUUGUGAAGUAGAAUUUCAAAUAUGCCAACAAUAUGGAAUCUCAGCAUAUCCCUCAGUACGAUUAUUCACGGGUUCCAAACAUUAUAAGAAUGGUUAUGAUAUUGACAGUCAGGAUGCAGAAGAAAUUAUCGAUAUUGUAAACAGUAGAUUGCAAAAGAAAAAAUCUAAAAAACAUGAUGAAUUUUAAGUAAUACUUGUGUAAGAAACAGUACACAGCCUUACAGUUGCUGAAAUGAAAUAACAACCAUUUUGAAAAAAAAUCCUGUAUUUAACUUUCUACGCAUUUUGGAGAUACCAUUUUGAAUGUUGCAGCCUAUUUUACAAAAAAUAAGUGAUGCAUAACAACAAUUCUGUUUUUUUUUUCUCUUUAAAUCUCUAUAAUCAAGCUCUCUUUUAAAAUCUCUUGAGUUGUACUUAUGAGAUUUUUUUGUGACAUUAACUUUCAGGAUUUCUGUAGGGUAUUUUUCUACUGAAAUAACUUUUGGUGACUAUGUUCAUCCAUACCUUAGCAAGGAGUUCCACAUGAACAAACUGGUGACUUUCAUUUUAUUUUUUUUUUAAUGAUAAAAUAGAGAAAAAUUAAAUAUAUUAUUUAAGAAUUCAGAUACCCCAAACACAACCAAACAAACAUACAAACAAACAAACAAAAAAAAAGAUAAGCAAAACAAAAAUGCUUCAAAUAUAUAUGUCCUGUUUAUUUUAUGACUGAAAGGAGACGAAAUUUUGUGUGAAUGAGAAUUAAGUGUUUUGAGUUCAGUGUUCACUGAGAUUAUUUUUGAAGAACGUAAAAAAAGAAAAAGAAAUUGAUAAAAAACAUUUUAUAAAUUUA